UGGCUGCGACUCACUUUGGCUUCUGCCCGAACCUAUUGGAGCACACCGUAUCGGCCGAGAAUCUCAGUUACCGCCUGCAGAGGAAUUCAGGCGGCAAUCUCACCUGGCAUGAUGGGCGAAGCCAGAGGACAGCCGGAGGGAGACCCGUCAAGCUCCUUCAGCAGCCAGGGACCGAGAACUCCCAGAGCCGGACUUAUGAGCACUAUGGAAUCUACCACACCAGUCCUACCUUAGGGAGCCUGACCAAGCCGGUGGUGCUAUGGACCCAGCAGGAUGUGUGCAAAUGGCUGAAGAAGCAUUGCCCGCACAAUUAUCUCAUCUACGUGGAGGCCUUCUCACACCACGCCAUCACAG